GCCAUUUUUUGAAGGAAACUAAUUAGCAGGAAUAAAGAGCCAAGUGUUUUUUCCCCCCUCAGUGAUCAGAACUCAUUCUACCUCUGGAGCUCGCACAAAUCCCUCCGUCCCCCAUCUUCUGUUUACUACAGCCUAUAUGUAGCUUUAAUUAUACCCUUGUUUGGUAACAACUUGGACCCUGCUGCUCUCGCUCCCCAUUUUUUCCCCUGCUCCGUAUAAACGCAGAGGAUCAUUCAUAAGGAAUGAGUGGGCUCUCUAUACGAUUGUUUUCUGGACUACUACACAUUCAGCGUACGGAGGCUUGUACCAGUGCCGCUGCAGAAAUGUGCGGUAGUGAUGUGCGGCUGCUGUAGCCUCUGGUAUGGACAGUGGUGAGGGAGGAGGAGGGGAUGGAGGGGGGGGAGAGGAGAGAGAUGCUGACCUCAGCCCCCUGGCUUUAUCUCUUCCUCUCCUGACCCUGGCGGUCAUUCCUGAGCAGGGGUCAUCCUCUCAUACCUCAGCCGCGGCCCCUGCCAAAGAGCCCCUGACCCAGCCUCAGUGGAAGGAGGAGGAGGGGGCAGAGGGGUCCCAGGCCAGAGAAGAGACCCAGGGAGGAGAGGGGAAAGAAGAAGAUGGACAUUUACAGGGGAACGGAUGGUGUCAAAAGCAGGGGAUGAAAGGAGAUGAUGGGGAGGGGUGUUUGUUAGGGGAAGAGAAGGAAGAAGAGGAGGUGCACCUAGGUGUGGGAGAGGCGUCAUUUACAGGGGCUCUCCCGGCAGCCCUCAGCAGCAGAGACGGAGAGGAGGAGAAGGAAGAGGAGGAGGCCAUCUCAAACCAAAGUCAAACCAAAUCCAAAUGUUCUUUAUUACCUCAACAGAGCCAGCACAGCUCUUCUUCCAGCACUGCAAUGGCCAGUGGCACACUCGACAGCAAAAUAACCGUCUCUCCAAAGCCCUCCCCCACUCCUUCCAUCUCUCCAAAGCCCUCCCCUUUUCUCUCCACCUCUCCAAAGCACUUCACUUGUCCUUCCUCUUCUUCCGCCCUGAUGAGCGAGACAGAGGUAAAAAACAUUAAGGGGGAUUGGGGCUGGAUUUCUGGGUUUCCUCAGAGCUUUAAAUCCCAGCAGUCUGCCCUGGCUUUUCCACUGGUGGGUACUGAGCCUGACAGUACACCCGCUAAGGAUGAUGGGUCGGCAGGGGUUCCUCACUUUUCCAAUGCCAAUGGAGAUGGUGCCAAAGCUCCAGAACCAAACGACAGCCAGCUAGAGACAGAAGUGGAUGACGAGAGAGACAAAGAAGGAGAACAGAAGGAAGCUGUCCUUAAAAACCUCAACCAAGACCUCUCUCCCAAUUCACUGACUAGUCACAUGACCAUAAUGCACUCACGCAACUCCUGCAAGACGCUCAAAUGCCCCAAGUGCAACUGGCAUUACAAGUCUCAGCAUACAUUGCAAGUACACAUGAAAGAGAAACAUCCCGAGACAGGAGGCCAGUGUGUGUGCGGCGGCUCUGGGGGGAAGUGUGUGUGUGGCAGUGCAGCAAAAGGUGUGUGCGGAUAUUGCAGUUCUGGGAAGCCCCACCCUCGCUUGGCCCGUGGUGAGACCUAUGCCUGCGGUUACAAGCCCUACCGCUGUGAGGUGUGUGACUAUGCUACCUCAUCGAAAGGCAACCUCAGCAUACACAUGCAGUCGGAUAAACACCUUAACAAUGUUCAAAAUGGGGGACACUCCAAUGGUCACAUCCACACUUCUCACACUGGACAUGCCCACAACGGCAGCUCCUCCAAUGGUCACACAGUAGACGAGCAGGCAUACAAACUCCCACUCCCUAUUCAUACGCCUACUACCCAGCCCGCCAAGCUCACACCACCUGCACACACUCACUCUCUUGGUAAGCGAUGGCGGUGUGAUGUGUGCGACUAUGAGACCAGCAUUGCCCGCAACCUGCGCAUACACACCACCAGUGAGAAACAUACACACAACAUGCUGCGGCUCCAGAGAGGUUACUAUCUGUCACACUGCAGGAGCCUGACGCCCCAGCUAAAACACCUGCAAAACACAGGUGGUGAACUCUCCUUGAACAUGCGUCUGACCAGUCAGCAAGUCCCAGAACAACCAGUCACCCUUGGAUCUACACUGACUCCUUCUCCCUCCCCCUCCCCCUCUCCCCCUCCUGCCCCCUCUCUGUCCCCCACUGGACCCCUCUCCCUGGGUGUGUUCCAGUGCCUUGUCUGCUCCUGCUUUUCAUCUGACAGCUUGGAGUCUGUGGAGCAGCACCUGAACGCCCCUCGCUCCCUUUCCCAGUCUGACUGGUGCUCCCUUGUCGCUGGAGGCUGUCACUGCAGGCUGUGCGGCUACACCACUCCACUGAGGGCUAACUUCUCCCUGCACUGCCAGACAGACAGACACCGCACCAGGUACCAGCUUGCUGCUCACCUCAAGGAGGGCGGAGACAGGGGUCAGGACGGGGCUGCCCUCAUUGCUAAGGGCAACCCUGUCCAGCUGAGGUGCAACCUGUGCGACUACAUGACCAGCAGUCUGGAGAAGCUCCGAGGACACUCUCUGAGUUCACACCAUGAGGCCAGCGUCCGGGUCUACAGAUUCCUGCAGCAGUAUGAUGGUGAAGUUGAUGGAGGUUCGUGGCUGUUCCACUGUCUCCUGUGCAACCACUCCUCCUCAUCUAAACUCCAACUACUGAAACACAGUCAAACCCCAACUCAUCAGCAAAGGGAGGGGCUACUACAGCUACAGCCUAUGGGAGGAGAGGAGUUGGCAGCCAUUUUUACCAUCAGGAAAAGCCCUGACGGUGUCACAGGAGAGCUCAGUGAGGAUAUGGAAACUUCCAGUGAGACCACCGCUGGACCUUUGGACCAAACCAAAGACUCAUGUAACUUGGGGGUGCAGCAGAUUUCUGAGGAGACAGAAGAAACCAGUGGAGAGGAGAGGGAAAAGAGGGACUCGCUGCCCCCAGUCAAGCGUCCAUCCUCUGGAUGUGAGGAAAUGGAGAACUCCCUCUCAACCAAACGCCCCAGAACUCACCAGCAAAAUGAGAACCAGCAGACUGUCCAGUGCCCUUUGUGCCAGGUUAAACUCCCAUACACACACCUUAGACAGCAUCUCACACACCUGCACAGUGUGGCGCAGGACUGUGUAGACAAGCUCAUCAGCACAGUGACACCAUCCGUGGAGGAACCACAGCCCCAUGUGGAGACGGAACAACCGACAGAGACCGACUCUCACACUGAUAACUCUCAGAAAAAUAAAAAUAGCAAGAAUAACAACACAAGUGGUCCCCACAAUUCUCACUGUCAUGCCACGAUUGAUUCACAGAAAAACAAAGGCAUUUCAGUUGAGACUACUGAGGGAGACACAGCCGCACCCAAAGAUGUCACAGCUCUACUCACCCCACCCUUGGAGGACACCACCGCUCACCCUUCCAAUGGCAGACUGGCUCCUCAGUCCCCCACACAGAUCCCUCUCUCGUCCCCGCCCACCUCCCCACCCACCGACCCUGCUCCCCCCUCUGAUCGCCAUGGUUACCGGUUUCGUUGCAGCAGGUGCAGCCUGGCGUUCCCCACUCAGGAGAAGCUCCAGCUGCACUGGCAGUACCAUGCCAUGAGGGCGGCAACAGAGUGCCCCCUCUGCUCCAGACGCUGUCGCAGUCAGGAGGCUCUGCAGAGGCACAUGCAGAACACACAUUUACAGCUUGACAAUACACAGGGGCAGAACACACUCUUCAUACUGCCUCAUACUGCUCAAACACAUCUGGAGCAGAGUAUGAGUUCAGUUCAGCAAGACAUUAGUUUGUCACCUCAAGUGGGUCAAGAGGCAGGAGAGGGUGAAGAUGAAGAGAUGGAGGAAGAGGAAGCACUGGGGAUAGAGGGAAAGGAGGAACAAAGAGAGGAAGGGAAGAGUGAAGAGAAGGAUAUGGCAGCUGGAGUUGAUGGAAGUGAGGAGGACUUAAUGGAGCCUGAGAGAGUGGCACAGGAGGAGAGUGGAUCAGAACCCACUUCCAGUUUUCAUGUUAAAAAGGGCUCUAACCCCACCAUGGACCGUUAUCUUGACCCAUCCCGGCCCUAUAAAUGCACAAUAUGCUCUGAGUCCUUCACUCAGAAAACCAUUCUUCUGGUACACUACAACUCUGUCUCCCAUCUCCACCGGGCCCGACGAGCCCUGCAGGACUCUGGCCCAGGUCUUGCUGCCCCUGAGGCUCCCCGUGGCCCAGAUCCCAGACCCUACCGCUGCCGACUGUGUGGAGUGGGAUAUAGCCAGAGCUCCACAUUGGACAUACAUCUUCGCUCUGUCCUGCACCAGACUAGAGCUCGUGCUGCCCAGAACCCGGCAUCACAGACCCCUGCUGUUAAUAUUGCUGCUGCUCCAGUGUCAGUUCCCACUAUUCCAUCUCAGGCUGCUACCACUAGAGAGGAGACAUCCAAGAAUCUGCCUUUCACAAAGAAGCCAGACCUUGUAAUCCCCUCCACUUCUUCUUUAGUAGGCUCUAGUUCUGUGGCUGAGGCCCAGUCAACCCUCCCUGGCCAGACAGACAGCCAGCAAGCUAAAAAGAGAGUGGCAGAGCUGCUAGCAUCAAGAAACCAGCUAAUGCUAAUGCAACAGCAGCAGUUAGCCCAGGCCCAGGCGCAAGCCCAGGCCCAAUUACAACAACAUACUGCCCUGCUCCAGUCCCAACUCUUUAACCCCGCACUGAUACAGCACCUUCCGUUAGGGCCAGAGAGUCUCCUGAAGCAACACUUCUCCCUGGCACCAGACAACUUGCUGUCUCUGCAACAGCAGCUUCUUCUGCCCUUUUACCUGUCUGGAGACAUGAAGCUUAACCCAGAGUUAACUGUUAAGAGCCCAGAACUCAGCCAGUUGGACUCUGCCAAUUCCAUCUUGAUAGAACAGUGUAAAGGUGAAGCUACAAGAGAGUCCCCACCUCAAGCAGAGGAGGAACAUACCCAGAGGCAAAGCUCAAACACAGUUGCAACCCAACCAAAUAAUCACGUGCAAUGUGAGGCCAAGGUUGAGGCAGCCUGCUGUGGCUCCUCUGUGAACCAGCCAGAGGGAGAACACAACACUUCUAGUCUUGAGGAAGAUAAAGACACCACUGCCCCAGUUAUUAAAACUGAGAAGCGAAAGGAGGAAAGCAGUGGCCCUUCCCUUAACCUUCUUGGGUCAGAAUGUCCUCCUCCCAGAGUGCCCUAUGCUGCUGUGAAUGGGGAGCCUCUCAGAGCCCUGCUGCAGAGUUAUGGCUAUGAGUUGGCACUCCAAUAUAUACAAAGUAGACAGAGACACCAGCUAAAGAUAGUGACCCAAAUUGGACCAGAGGGACAAGAGAGCUCUGAUGUUAAGAUGGAGGUGUCCUCAGAGGAGGAGAGAGAGAACUUUAUAGAACUACAGGAUAGAAAGGUUGAAGGAUGGAAGGAGAACAGCAGACAAGGAGAAGCAGGGAAUGGAGACAUGGAGAGGUUUCUACAAGAGAAAAAGCAGAACAAACAGGAGGAAUCAGCAAACCGAGAGAGGGGAUGCUGUGGAGGAGGAGAAAAGUGUAGAGACUGUGGUAAGUUCUUUUCAGAUGCCUUGAUUUUGAAGAGCCACCAGGAGUACAUUCACAGGCUGCUGUUUCCCACUGCUGUGCUGGAGAGGUUUUCCAGAGAGUACAGGCUCCAAUAUGACCGGCUGUAUCCCCUCACACAGCCUAAACCUGGGGAGAUUUUAGCUGCCACCAACCCAGCUGCAGCCCCAGCUCCAGAACCGGAACCAGCACCAGAACCAGUAAAGCCCCAAGUUAAAACCCUCCCUCCUUCACCUGUCACCUCGGGUUCAGAACCCACAAGCAAAACAACUGCCCCAGUCCCUGACCCAACAAUUACAUCUGCACUUUCCCCUCCUUCAUCUCCUUCUCAUACAAAAAUAUAUCCACAACAGGAGGGGCCCACCCCAAGUACCUCUACUCCGGUCUCCUCUCAGACUGCAUCCCAGACUAAGGUCAUACCUCUCCCCUUACCUAAGCUACCUAUGGUCCCUCUCUCCUUGCCCCAACUUCCCAUACCUCCACUGUCUUUACCUAAGCUCCCCUUGCCCCCCAUUCCUUUUCCUAUGGAGUUGCCUCUCCUCCCCCCUGUUGUGAUGCAGUCUGUGGCUUUACAGUCCCAACCCUGGCUGGACUCUGGUGUGACUCCUGACCUGGCAAAACUCUACCAAUCUCAGCUCAGUCCAGCAUUGCUAGGGCAGCAACCCCAGCUUAGCCCAGCUUUGCUAGCUCAGCAACCUCAGCUCAGCCCAGCUUUGCUAGGCCAGCCACCACAGUUCAGUCCUGCUUUACUAAGUCAACCAUCACAACCGAGCCCCGUGCUACUAGGACAACAACCACAAAGCAGCCCGAUAUUGCUUGAACAGCAGAGUAAGAGAGCGCGGACACGUAUCUCUGAGGAGCAACUCAGUGUGUUGAGGCAACACUUUGAUAUCAACAGCCUCCCAAGUGAUGAAGAGGUCAGUAAGAUGUCUGCCCUGUCUGGUCUGCCACACAAAGUUAUCAAACACUGGUUCCGCAACACCCUGUUUAAGGAGCGCCAGCGAGAUAAGGAUUCCCCAUACAAUUUCAGUAACCCUCCAGUCACAGCACUGGAGGAGUCCAGAGAGGAUGUAACACAAACCCAGGCUCUGAUAGACCCUCCACCGUCACUGUCCCCAGGCCCUUCAACCAGCCACUCCCCACAGCUCCAUAGAGGAGAGCUCCAUAGAGGCCGCCGUUCCUCCCGUACCCGCUUCACUGAGCAACAGCUGGAGACUCUGCAGGGGGUGUUUGAGGCUACUCCCUAUCCCAGAGAGGAAGAAUAUGACAGGUUGUCUGCUCUUUUAUCCCUUCCUAAUCGAGUCAUUGUUGUAUGGUUCCAAAAUGCCAGACAAAGAGCCCGCAAAAAUCAAGACAGAGGUAUGGAAGAUGGAGUAGAGGGCAAGAACCAACUUGAAAGCAUUCAGAGGCAUAGAAAUGGCUUCUACAAGGAUGAUGACGAUAAUGAGGAGGAUGACUGCGGUGAUGAUGGGCAAGGUGACCGUCAGAAUGAGAACUCCAUGGAUCUGACCUACGAGUACUACACACACCCUGACUCACCUACUGUCCCGGAUUCUCCACCUCCUGUGACAGAGAGUGACCAUGCGCAUGUCAAGGGUGAGCCAAAUUCUGUUAAUAAGAAUCAAGAAGGUAACACAACCUCAGCUCAGGCUAACAAGAGCCAGGCCCCUGCUGAAACUCAAAAUGGAACCCGAGACAGCCGCUGUGAGAGUAAGGAAACAGUUGAAAUUAUGCACACACCGUGCCCUCCCCAAUCUGAACUCCUGCUACAGCCAGAAAUAUCCCCGGAGAAACCCCAACCUAGUUCUUCCUCCUCUUCCCAAAGAACAGCAGCCACCACCCUGUCUGCUUCUCAGACCAGCCCAGGACAAACACACAGCUCUCCCUCCGCUCCAGCUGUGGAAAAGCCUCCUCCUACUCCACCCAACCUAUCUUCUGCUUCAGACUCUGAAACAUGCCACCCUCGGCUACCCGAUGCCACCUCUGGCCUAUCCACUGAAACCCAGCCACAGAACCAACUCCAAACCCAGUUCCAGUGCUCUUUUUGCCCCAUGUCCCUGCCGUCAUUCCAGCUGUGGCAGGAACACCAGACGAGACACCUCCUGGCAGCUCAGUCCCAGGUUCAACUCCUCCACUCUGGCUUCACAGAGCGAACCAUGCCUUACAUGAUGCUCCACCCCAACCACACUUUGAUGGCCAGCCAACUGCUCUCAGGCGCUAUGUCCCAGAUGCACCCUAAUCCCACACAUCCUAUGAUUCCACACAUGAACAGCCUACAGCUUAAGAACCCGCUCUCUGAUCACUCAAGCAACACACUCACCAGCCUCCCACAAAGUUCCCUGUCCUCCAUGAAGCAGAGUUCAAAACUCAUGUCGGAAACCAGCUGUGAAGCCCUAGGAGGUGGGAGGGAGGUUGAGGAGGAGCAGAGAAGGGAUAAGCGCCAGAGAACCACAAUUACCCCAGAACAGCUGGAGGUUUUGUACCAGCGCUACAGCCUGGAUUCCAACCCUACCAGAGGAGUCCUGGAAAGCAUAGCACGUGAUGUGGGCCUCAAGAGACGUGUGGUUCAGGUCUGGUUUCAGAACACACGAGCCAGAGAGAGAAAAGGGCAGUUCCGUUCAACAGGUCCAGGAAAUAGUUUCAGCCUGGGUUUGAACCACCUCCGCUGCCCAUUCUGUAGGGCUCUCUUCAAGGUUAAGAGUGCUCUGGAUGCCCACAUGAGGUCCCGUCACUGGGCGGAGGCUGAAAGAGCAGGCUACAACUUGGCCAUGAGUAAUGGAUCCAGUGGUCACAUGGGGAGCAUGGCUGUGUCCUCUCUCACAGACAGGCCAGGCCCAUCUAUGCCCUCUAACCCUAUCCCAAACCAUGGCUUAGUCAUAAGCAGCAAAGAGUUACCCAUGAAGCCAUCUCUAACCACUGAUCUAGCCACUGAUCUCAACAACCCGGAGGAUGAGGACGACUAUGAGGAAGAGGAGGAGGAGUACCCUGGUGAGGAAGGCUCUAGUAUGGCUGACCAAGGGUCUCUUAGUCCUGAGAGCUCUGGGGGUCCAAGUUCUGAAUGGGGCGAGACACAAACUGAGAGGCAGCACCAUCAAUAUCCUCAUCAGCAGCAGCAGCGUCAGCGGACACAGAUGAGCCACUUCCAGGUGCUCCAGCUCAGAGACUUUUAUAGGAAUCACCGUACACCCAACAGACGAGAGUGUGAGGCCCUGGGCCAGGAGCUGGGACUGCCUCACCGAGUUGUCCAGGUGUGGUUCCAGAAUGCCAGAGCCAAGGAGAAGAGGGCCAGGAGCCUCAGCUCCGACUCUGCAGAGAGGGAACAGGCCGAGCUGACUGCUGGGGCAGGGGAGAGAGACAGAGCUUAGAGGCAGACUAGGGUCCCUUUUCUUCCUUCUACUACAUUCUCCCCACGACUCCUCCUGUACUAUACCUCCUGUUGUCCUCUAAACCCAUACCCUGUCCACUUUGCUGCCAAACCUGUAACCUGAACACCCCAAAGAUGUAGAGCCAUAGUGGCCCAAAGAGAGGCUCUCUCAAGUCAGAGUUAGAGAGAUGCCAAACCAAACACCACAGCUUUCCUCCCUCUAUACUGUUAAUCUCUUUCCUGGCCUGUCCUCCCCUGCCUACUAGUGUUCCUUCUCCCUACCCCGUAAGACACCCUACUACAACCAAACGUCACCUUGACAAAACCAACUGGAUGCCACAGAGGCCAAAGAGCAUUCUCCAAGUGUGUGACCUCACUGCCCAGCUAGACCUGCAGUCUACCUCUCAGUCUGCAUGACAGACUCUCAAUGGGCCCUCCACCAGACAGUGCUAGUCGACUAGCCGUGUAGCAUGUAGUACCAGUCUUUGCUAGGCUGGAAAAGAAAUUGUCAAAGAGAUUUUAGUGUAAAUAGAGAACUCCAAAAGAUAAACUUGAAGAAAAACAAAGCAGUUAACAGUGGAAGAAGAGAGAGAGAGAAAAAAAAAGAUUAAUAUCCUUGAAAUGGACUGAGGUAUUCGCAAAGAGCUUU